AUGAACAAGACGCUCAUCUCGCUAGGAAAGCCCUACUACCCCGAUGUUCUCACUGACUCGAAAAGGAGACUCUUCGAGCGACUCGUUGAGUGCAUGGCUUUAGAGCAGUACGUCGACGAUACGGAGUCCUGUCUUUACAUGUCCAAAGAUGAUAAGGAAAAGUAUACCAUGACCGAGCGCCACGUUUGCGAGACGCUCGUGAAUAUGAUACGGAUAUGGUAG